GUACGGCUGUGCAGUCUUUGGAAUGAUUCAAGAACAGGUUCGCAGUCUCUGGUAAUCUCCUUUACUGUCUGCAGUCUCUGGUCUUCUAUACUAUGCCUGCAGUCUCUGGUCAUCUCCUGUACUGUGUCCGCAGUCUAUGGUCAUUCCUGUACUGUUUCCGCAGUCUUCGGACAUUCCUGUACUGUGUCCGCAGUCUCCAGUCAUCUCCUGUACUGUGUCCGCAGUCUCCGGUCAUCUCCUGUACUGUGUCCGCAGUCUCCGGUCAUCUCCUGUACUGUGUCCGCAGUCUCCGGUCAUCUCCUGUACUGUGUCCGCAGUCUCCAGUCAUUCCCUGUACUGUGUCCGCAGUCUCCAGUCAUUCCUGUACUGUGUCCGCAGUCUCCGGUCAUCCCCUGUACUGUGUCCGCAGUCUCUGGUCAUCCCCUGUACUGUGUCCGCAGUCUCUGGUCAUUCCCUGUACUUUGUCCGCAGUCUCUGGUCAUCCCCUGUACUGUGUCCGCAGUCUGUGGUCAUCCCCUGUACUGUGUCCGCAGUCUCUGGUCAUCUCCUGUACUGUGUCCGCAGUCUCUGGUCAUCCCC